GCUCGGCCGGAGCGGGGCCGGUGACACGGGGGAGGCCUCGGCGCAUCUGCAGCUUCUGUGGCAGCUUCUCGUGUGUCCUGUUACGGACACGUAGUGGAGGGUGUUGCCAGCCGCUGUUCCCUUGGUAACAUGAGAAACUGCUCUGUCCGCACCAUACCAGCAGCUGCUUUUUGCUGAAUGCCUGGGUUUAGCUGAAUCCUUUCACAUAUGGUAUCAUGAGAUGAGUACUCUCGAUAGCCCCAUUUUUCAGACCAGGAAACUGAGACUCCCGUUCAACAAGUCGCCGGUUGUCGACAGUCAGGACAGGUCAGAGCCGCCUUUCAGACCCAAGUCCGGGAGCCUCGGGGCCAGUGUUCGCGGCACCUCUGCCUCCUGCUUCCCUCUCUCCUCAGCUGUCCUUGUCCUAAGGACCCCAUCUCCGUCCCCAGAUGCUCUGCCAGUUUAAUGUGACAGCCUGGGAGCUGUGUCCUUCACAGAAGUGCCCAAGUGUUUUCCGGGCCCCUGUGCAGAGCAGGUGACUUUCCCUGGAGCAGGGUGCUGCGGGAGGUGGCCGCCCAGAAACACCGUCUCAGGAGGAAAGUGAACAUUUGGAGUUGGAAGGUUCUAAGUGUGAUGCGGGCCAAUGCUCUUGGAAUCGUCCUGUCCUGUGGCCCUUUCUCGGGCCCUCACGUUCUCCACCGAGGCGGUAACAGGAUGUCCAUGUCCUCGAGGCAUGUGCGGUUGGAAGGGCGAAACACGGGCAGCCUGACUCCUUGACAGCUGAGAACGGGACCUCCUGUCACUUACUUUAGCACUGUAAAGAAAAAUUAAAACCCCAGGAGCGGGUUUGCUCUCCAGACUUCCAUUCCAACCGAGACCAUGAAAUUAACCCACAAAAUAUAGAGUGAUGAACCAGUAAGAUGUGAGGCUCUGGCUGUAAGGUUAAGAAGUUCAGCAGCAGGAAGGACCCGUGAACACGAGAGGAGGGGUCGCAGCCGCGUUUGCAGGAAGGAGGCAGGUGCUCCAAAAGGGGAAGGGUCACCUGCUCGGGGGAGGCUCUGGCUCCUGCCAUCCUUUUCUAAAAGCUGUCUCGAAAUUAGCUGCUGCUUGGUAUUCUUAAAGUUUCUCCAGGGCUAGCACUUUGAGGAACAACAAUAUGGACUUUUGAAAGAAAGUAAAAAAAUAUAUAUGUAUCGGGCUUACCAGUUUCAGAUUGAAAAAGAGACCUUAGAGGUCAUCAGAUUGAAUUCUCCACCCAAUGCAGGAAUCCCUCCCAUAGCACUUUUGACAGAUGUCAUCCAGAUUUUCCUUGAUUGCUUCCAGUGACCAAGCCCAGUACUUCAAGAGACAGCCUCUUCCACUGUCUGAUGGCUUUAGUUAAUAGAGAACUCUUACAGUCCCGGGCCGCACGCCAGCUGAUGGAGAGGACCCAGUCCUCCAGCAUGGAGACCCGGCUGGAUGCCAUGAAGGAGCUGGCCAAGCUCUCUGCCGACGUGACCUUCGCCACCGAGUUCAUCAACAUGGACGGCAUCGUUGUACUGACGCGGCUCGUGGAAAGCGGAACCAAGCUCUUGUCCCACUACAGUGAGAUGCUGGCAUUCACCCUGACUGCCUUCUUAGAGCUCAUGGACCAUGGCAUUGUCUCCUGGGACAUGGUUUCCAUCACCUUUAUUAAGCAGAUCGCGGGGUACGUGAGCCAGCCCAUGGUGGACGUGUCCAUCCUGCAGAGGUCCCUGGCCAUCCUGGAGAGCAUGGUCUUGAACAGCCAGAGCCUGUACCAGAAGGUCGCGGAGGAGAUCACCGUGGGGCAGCUCAUCUCGCACCUGCAGGUCUCCAACCAGGAGAUUCAGACCUACGCCAUUGCACUGAUUAAUGCACUUUUUCUGAAGGCCCCUGAGGACAAGCGACAGGACAUGGCCAACGCAUUUGCACAGAAGCACCUUCGGUCCAUAAUCCUCAAUCAUGUGAUCCGAGGGAAUCGCCCAAUCAAAACCGAGAUGGCCCAUCAGCUGUAUGUCCUGCAAGUCCUGACCUUUAACCUUCUGGAAGAAAGGAUGAUGACCAAGAUGGACCCCAACGACCAGGCUCAAAGAGACAUUAUAUUUGAACUGAGGAGGAUUGCAUUUGAUGCAGAGUCUGACCCCAGCAACGCCCCCGGGAGUGGGACUGAGAAACGCAAAGCCAUGUACACCAAGGACUACAAAAUGCUGGGGUUCACUAACCACAUCAACCCCGCGAUGGACUUCACCCAGACUCCGCCCGGGAUGCUGGCCUUGGACAACAUGCUGUACUUGGCGAAAUUCCACCAGGACACCUACAUCCGGAUCGUCCUGGAGAACAGCAGCAGAGAAGACAAGCACGAGUGCCCCUUUGGCCGCAGUGCGAUCGAGCUCACCAAGAUGCUGUGUGAGAUCCUGCAGGUCGGGGAACUGCCAAAUGAGGGACGCAACGACUACCACCCGAUGUUCUUCACCCACGACCGCGCGUUCGAGGAGCUCUUUGGCAUCUGCAUCCAGCUGCUGAACAAGACCUGGAAGGAGAUGAGGGCGACAGCCGAGGACUUCAACAAGGUCAUGCAGGUGGUCCGAGAGCAGAUCACUCGAGCUUUGCCCUCCAAACCCAACUCUCUGGACCAGUUCAAGAGCAAACUGCGGAGCCUGAGCUAUUCCGAGAUCCUGCGGCUGCGCCAGUCGGAGAGGAUGAGUCAGGAUGACUUCCAGUCUCCGCCGAUCGUGGAGCUGAGGGAGAAGAUCCAGCCCGAGAUCCUGGAGCUGAUCAAGCAGCAGCGACUGAACCGGCUCUGUGAGGGGAGCAGCUUCCGGAAGAUUGGGAACCGCCGGAGGCAAGAGCGUUUCUGGUACUGCCGUCUGGCCCUGAACCACAAAGUCCUGCACUACGGGGACUUGGAUGACAGCCCUCAAGGGGAGGUGACGUUUGAGUCCCUGCAGGAGAAGAUUCCUGUUGCAGACAUUAAGGCCAUUGUCACUGGGAAGGAUUGUCCCCACAUGAAAGAGAAAAGUGCUCUAAAACAGAACAAGGAGGUGCUGGAAUUGGCUUUCUCCAUUCUGUAUGACCCUGAUGAGACCUUAAACUUCAUUGCACCUAAUAAGUACGAGUACUGCAUCUGGAUCGAUGGCCUCAGUGCCCUCCUGGGGAAGGACAUGUCCAGCGAGCUGACCAAGAGUGACCUGGACACCCUGCUGAGCAUGGAGAUGAAGCUGCGGCUGCUGGACCUGGAGAACAUCCAGAUCCCCGAGGCCCCACCGCCGGUGCCCAAGGAGCCCAGCAGCUACGACUUCGUCUACCACUACGGCUGAGCCUGGAGCCGGAGCAGACAGUACCCUGCAAGGGACUUGGGGCCCAGGAGGAACACUCGCAGUCUGGUGCCUUGUCUUUGCUUGUACAGAAUCCGUAGUGACCGUGGGGGCCAGUCAGCGCCAGUCACACCUCAGACUCACCUCGGGCCACCCUGAGCCUCCUCUCUGUCCCCAUCCACUCUGAGUCGUGAAGGCGGGGUGCUCUGCCCUCGCCAUCACCGUGGAGCCUGGGGACGGGCCAUGAGGGACGGACAGCAGACACCCUUGCCUUCCAGGCCAAGAAACUGCUCCUGGAGCCAGAGUCAACCACAGCCGCUCACCUUUUCUCCCUGAGCCUGCUCACCGGUCGCCUGGAUCCCCCAAGGGGGCGAGAGCUGGCCCAGGAAAGGCUGUCCGCAGAGGACAGACAAGUUGGGUGGUUUGAGAGCCUCAAGGGAUCCAGGCCUGUGUCUCAGAUCUAAGUGGAAGCCUCGGCCUUUGCUCAGUAGAUGCCUUGCCCUUGCUUUUGCGGUCUUCGUGAGGGCUCACCCGGCCUUGCCCAGGGCCAACGUGCUGCUGCUGCUGCUGCUGCUCUGAUGUCUCUGUUCUCCAGGGCCACCAGGUCCUCUUGCCCACGCAUUUGCCUGGGCAGAGGGACAUGUCUCCGUGCAAGCUCGCAGUCUCUCAUCCUGGCAAGUCAGAGACACGCAGACUGAGUCCCACCCUCAGAGCCUCGAGGCAGAGCCGAGAGGAGACCUGGGCCUAGACUGUGGUGCGGUCACUAGAGUCCACUUCUCUCCCCUCCACAUUUAUAUCAUGUCCUUGCUUGGGGAUAAAACUCCCACCUAACCUGAACAGCCGCCCUUCCAGUUUGCACUCCUUCAGCCUUCCUGGCCUCGGGAGGUUUGCCUCCCCUGCCCUCCUCCCCCAGCGCUGUGGUCUCUGCCAUUGGCCAUGAUUUCAGGGAGCCGGCUGGGGCCCGCAGAGGCCCCCGCUGUGCCCAUGAGGCUUCCCUGGUGCUGCAGCACUCGUAAACCACACGCGCGGGCACCGUGGCUUUCAGUAUUGGUAGCCUAGCAUGGUGGGGACUGCCCAGUGAAGAGUGUACUGUAUAUUUUCUUUACUAUAGGCCAUACUUCUACAGACAUGUAUAUAUAUUUAUAUAAGAUCUACCUAUCCUAGGGUGGAGUGUUGGAGGGAAAAUAAAAUGGGAGGCCAAAAAAAAAAAACACAAACCAAAAGUCAGCACUUGCAGUUGCAAGCCAAGAUUGUAACCUGAGAGUGGCCAGGAGCUUCCUGUCAGUAACCAUGUUUUCAAUAAAUACUCUUUCAUGUACA